GCGCGGCGCACGCAGGAAAUAUUUUAAACAUGGCAGAAACUAAAACCUUCCAGCUUGGAGCAGCCUGCGCUCUCACCUUUUCCUUUGUCCUAAUCUGUAGUGUUGAUGCAGCUUCCUUCCAGCAGUACCAGCUGCUUCAGAAAGACCCAGACUAUGUAAUGAAAAACUUACAAAGGUUCCCAAACCCUGAUAUGAUCAAAGCGUUGGAAUACAUCGAAGAUCUUCGCAAGCAAACUAGCAAGGGAGAAAGCAGCCCUGAUUACAACUCUUACCAAAGCGUUCCUUAUCCCCUGCCACAGAAGGAAAGCAAAGACCAGCUUCGCCUACCAGACAAUAUACGGGAUUCAUUGACUGAAGAUGAGUCUCAGUGGGUUAAAGUGAUGUUGGAGGCCUUGAGGCAAGCUGAGAAAGAGUCAAAAGUUGGCCCGAAGGAGAAUAAACCUUACAGUCUGAGUUCGGAUAAUAACUUUCCAGUGGGAGUAUCUGAUGAUUAUGAGACUUACAAGUGGCCUGAGAGGUGGCAAAAAUAUCUCAAAAUGCCACUGGGGCACUAUGAAGACAGUUCAAGAGACAGUCCUUUCAAGCGCACUAAUGAAAUAGUGGAAGAACAAUACACCCCCCAGAGUCUUGCUACACUGGAGUCUGUGUUUCAGGAGCUGGGGAAGAUGGCAGGACCAAGUAACCACAAGAAAGAGAGGCUGGAUGAGGACCAGAAAUUGUAUGCAGAUGACGAAGAUGAUGUAUAUAAAGUGAAUAACAUUGCCUAUGAAGAUGUGGUUGGAGGAGAAGACUGGAAUCCAAUAGAGGAAAAAGUGGAAAGUCAAACCCAGGAAGAGAUAAAAGAUAGCAAAGAGGAAAUUGAUAAACAUGAAGAGGAGAUUGAUGAUGAAAUGAAAAGGUCAGGGAAACUCGGCUUCCUUGAGGAUGAAAUGAAAAGAGAGAAUAAAGAUCAAAUGUCAGAGGAUGUUUCAAAGCUAAUGAAUUACUACCUGAAGAGGCUGACGGGCAGUGCUGGAAAUAGGAAAUUAAGGACUGGAGAGCUUGAGGAAAAAAGGGCAGCCACCUUUUUGGAUAAGCAACUCGAUCCUCAGUCUAUAGCUCAGAUAAUAGAAAUCUCAAGGAAUUUACAGAUUCCUCCUGAGGAUUUAAUAGACAUGUUGAAAGCUGGAGAAAAAAAACUGCUUCAGAGUGAAAGGUUGGAAGCUGAGCAGGAAGUAGGAUUCCCAGAAGACCUUGAUGAGAUCUCUGAAACUAAUCUAGGACAGAGCGAUAUAUUUAAAAGUAAUGUAAAUUCUAAAAAUGGAUACAUGAAGCAGCCUCUUAAUGUUAUUCCAGAAAAUCUACCCGAAGACCUCAAUAUUGAAGAUAUUGUCAGUCUUCUGGGAACAGACAACUUAGCUAAUCAGAACCCCUCCUACUUAGUAAAUCGUCUUAAUCAAGAAAAUGAUUUGCCAAGACUGCCUUACCUUCCCAGAAGAUUGAAAGGACAUCAGUUUCCUAAAGCUGCAUGGAUUAACGAUUUGGAAAGGCGACAAAUGGAAUACGAAAAACUGAACGAGAAAGAUGAAGAGCUGGCCGAUUAUUUGGCAAAGAUGUUGGCAAAAUAUCCUGAAGUUAUCAACACAAACCAGAUGAAACGAGUUCCAGUUCCAGCUUCUGAAAAUGACCUGCAGGAAGAUGAGCGACUGGAACAAGCGAUCAGAGAGCACCUGGGUCAGCUGGGACCUCAGGAGUCUGCAACGCUGGCGGCGCUCAGCAAACGGCUUUCAAUGCCCGGGGAAACCGAUGACACGCAGAACAGGCAGUAUCUGGAUGAGGAUAUGCUAGCAAAGGUGCUAGAGUAUCUAAAGCAAGAGAAAUCAGAGCUUGAAAGAGAUCACAUUACUAAACGGGCAAUGGAAAAUAUGUAAUUGUUCCCCGAAUACUAUUUCUUUUCAAUGUGUUGACUUCUAUCCCAAUUUAGUUGUGAUUUAUUCCCUCUCUCCCACUAAACAACUUAUGCUAGACUACUUACCAUUGAACAGUCUGCAUAUCUUUCUCAGAGCUGUUAUAUUGUUUAUGGAUAUACCUAUGUAUGUUAUAAAUUCUGGGGCAAAUAACUGCUUCAAGUGUUUUAAGAAACAAUUUAAUGAAAUCAAGUAAAACUAUAAAAUGUACACAAACAACCUUUGCAUUGUUAAUAAAACAUGAUAAAUGAAGAGUGAUAACUAUCAUUUGAAAUUUUUAAAAUUAAUUGGAUUAUUUUGUUACUGUCUGUAGUG